UAUAUAAACAUUAAAUAAGUAUACUUUAUUCCCCAAAUCUGGGAAUUUUCCCAAUAAUCUAUCGCACUUAUCUGUCCGAUAGCCGGAGUUGUGACACACUAGAGUACAGUGACGACUGGAUCUCCACCUUUAAGUUCUAUUAGCAAGUCAAUUGAAGCUCUAUUUUUCAAAUUCGGAGCUCCAAUUAGGAAAAUAUGGGUCGUUCUCGGGCCGUACAUCAGUCCGCCGAUGAUGAUCCAAGUCAGAGGUCAAAGAGAAAAAGGACAGUACCAAAUGUGGAGAAUUUUGAUACUGCAGCUGCUGGCCAAGUAUUGAGCGACGGGAAAAAAGCCUUGUACCAUUGCAAUUAUUGCAAUAAAGACAUCUCUGGAAGGAUUCGAAUUAAAUGUGCUGUGUGCUCUGACUUUGAUCUUUGUGUGGAAUGCUUUUCUGUUGGAGCAGAAGUGCAACCUCACAAAAGCAAUCAUCUGUAUAGGGUUAUGGAUAACCUGUCAUUUCCUCUUAUAUGUGCUGACUGGAAUGCAGAUGAGGAAAUGUUACUUCUAGAGGGCAUGGAAAUGUACGGAUUGGCAAACUGGGCUGAAGUUGCAGAACAUGUUGGAACAAAAAGUAAAUUGCAGUGUAUUGACCAUUAUAAUACCAUAUAUAUUAAUUCUCCUUGUUUUCCGCUUCCGGACAUGUCUCACGUUAUGGGAAAGAGCAGAGAGGAACUUCUUGCCAUGGCCAAGGAGCAAGGAUAUGCUGCUCCCCAGGAAGUGAAUGUUAAAGAAGAGUCUCCAUUCUCUGCAAGAAUCAAGAUGGAAGAUCAACGGGAAGAAAAUUCAGCUGGACUUGCCUCAGUUGGAGGUUCUGCUUCUGGUACAUUGACAGGAGCUGGAAAGAGGACAUCUGGCGUACUCCAUAGUAAGGAGAAUCAUGAUAGCAUCAAAGUGGAAGGUUGUCCUGCAGACAGGAGUGUCGGAGAGAAAAAGCCUAGAACUGCAAUGGAUGAGGGCCCUUCUAUGACAGAAUUGAGUGGUUAUAAUUCCAAGAGAGAGGAGUUUGAAAUUGAAUACGAUANACAAGAUCUUCAGGAUGCCCGAGCUGCUGGUUGCCGAACUUCAGCUGAGGCUGAAAGAUAUAUUGAACAAAAGAGAAAGCGGGAAACUGAAGAAAAUUUGCUUAGACUAAAGGAGAACUCCCAGAGUGGCCCAAGUGGCAAAUAUUUGCAAAGAGCAGGUCACUUUAAAGUGGAGCAUAACAGCAGCCCCAGAGGAGUUGCUACAGGCCCUGAAAUGCUGGAUUCUUGUUACAAGGACUUAUCAUCAACCACUGCACCACAUGGUGUUGGAAGUGCUUUAGACGUUUGGGAUGUCAGUGGCUUUUUCGGGGCUGAGUUACUCUCAGAAGCUGAAAAACAGCUUUGUGAUGAGAUCAGGAUCCUGCCGGCUCAUUAUCUAAACAUGUUGCAGACCAUGUCUAUGGGGAUCUUGAAUGGCAACAUCACCAAGAAGUCUGAUGCUCAUGGUCUGUUCAAUGUUGAUCCGAAUAAGUUGGACAAAGUGUAUGAGAUGCUUGUUAAAAAGGGCAUUGCUCAAGCAUAAUAUUGCUACUUCUCAGGUUCAAGCAUGAUUUCACUACUUUGUACCAAAAUGGCAAAUGAUGUAAGAUGGCUAACCUUUUUGCUUGAAUUCUUCCAAAUUAUCUAAAGCUUUACGUUAGAAUGAAGGUUGCUGAAGAUAUUGCUGUUCAAAGGUAUCAAGUAUUUGUAACGAGAAGAAAAGCCAUGCAGUAGAAAUCCAUUAUAAUGUUACCAUUGUAGAUGUGAGAGUCGUAACACUAGUUUUUUACAGUGUUCCCUUAGCAUUGUAGUUAUUAUGGCUUUGAAGAAAAGUAGUGUGUUGUUAAUGUUGCUGUUGUUUGAGGCAUGCGUAUACGUGAAGUUGAUACAUAAAAUUAGAUUAAGAAUAUUUGCUGGUUAAAAGCUAGUUUUAACAAAUGUGUCUUUUGUAAUGUUUUUUUCCUCAAAACAGUGCAGUUGGAUUGAGUAUCUA